GGCAUGGUUCUGUCGCUGGCAGCUAUGAUGGCUUCGCCGAGAUCACCGUUUUGGGGGGGAAUACAUGGCGGCCAAACCGUCGCCGGCUUCAUCACAAUAAGUCCAAAAACGCUGUUAUACUACACUACAUACUAACUACGGUCAUAAACAUGAACGGUCAACAAACUUGCUACCGUUUUGGCCGCGCGACCGUCGCGCGACUGUGGCUGGCGUGGUUGGUCGUAGUGCGACCACAAUUUCCUUGGCGACGGCGACCCUACUGCGGCCAUACCGUACUGGAAAUAGCCUGUGCGCUGGUAAGGUAGCUGCCCUCCGCCGAUGGGCGGCUUUGAACCGUGUAAAUUAUGAAUAAACCAAUCAAUCAAUCACGCCCCUUUAAGUGGGGCUCGAAGUGAGCACAUAUAAGCACUUCGGAUGUUUACUCAGAGCAUGCUCAAUAACAAUGCCGAAUCUUUUCCGAUUUGGUCUUCGUGCUCUUGCUUUCUUCCUAUUUAUCUGCCUGGCUUUUCGCAUCGCUUUCUUUGUUCAUUUGUUCUCUGACCAUGCCGGCAUUGCACUAACUCAAGAGGAAGUCGCUCAAGCUCACCACGCCGUCACGGAUGACGUGAAGAGGCGGCCUACGAUCCCUCGCAUAAUUCAUCAAAUAUUUCACAAUUGGACAGAUCCUAACAACGAAGCUCUCCCUUCUGACUGGAAAGAGACUCGGCAAACUUGUCUUGAUUUCAACGAGAAUUGGGAAAAUCGGCUCUGGACAGAGAAGACAUCGCGCGAGUUCCUUGCUGAAGAAUACCCUUGGUUUCUGCCAACCUACGACAAGUUCAAGUACCCAGUUCAGAAGAUCGACGCCCUUCGAUACUUUGCUAUACGCCAUUUCGGAGGCAUUUAUAUCGACCUCGACAAUGGAUGUACGGCGAGUUUAGAGCCAUUGCGCUAUUAUCCGGCCUGGGUUACUGACGGUGGAUGUGGAGCUCUAAGUAACAACAUCCUCGGCGGCGAAGCGAAUCACCCUUAUUGGGUACUAAUGACUGAAUCUAUCAUCUCCUACGCCUGGAACUACCCUCUACCAUACCUUACUAUUAGCUACGCAACAGGCCAAUGGUUCGAGACGGAAAUCUGGGAGAAAUAUCAUCGCCAACUACCAAAGGAUAAGCCGGUUCUUGCUCGGAUUAUCAUGGACGGCCGACCAGGAGCAUCCCCUUGGGUAUUUUUCACCCAAACUCGAGGAGGUACCUGGGAUAAUUGGGAUAAUCUGCUAUUCAAAUGGAUUGGAGAUAACUUGGUCAUUACUUCUCUUGUGAUCAUUGGAUUUGUGGCCUCAAUAGCAGUCACGGCUAUUGGCGUCGUGCGAAGCGCAAAAGGCCUUUGGGAAAAUAGGAAAGGCUACACUCGACUGGGUGAUUUAAGUCAUAAGUCACAUUCCAGAGACUCUUGACCUUGAGGUUGUCAGUAGAAAGUGCAGGCCAGUCAGAAGCAAGAAAUGAGUUUUUGCUACGGGCUUAACACUUUGUCCCUACAUCGCUGCUCUUUCGCGGCGCCACUAAAAUCACACGAAAACCAGCGGGUCGGGAUGCGGGAAGGCGGAUGUGGCUGCCAGGGGCGGGUGUGUAGGGCCCGCGAUGUUGGAUACAUGCCACAGGAACUGCCACCAAUCAGCUAUCUUCUUUGGUGACUGAACGCUCCGGCUCAAAGACGCUGAAUUUAUUAAUAUCGGUGCAAUCUAUGCCUCCUUCCAAUUCUUACAAGAUUCUCUCACUAAGCUCCAAGCGAGCGAGGCGAAGCAGAAUUUCCCCUGGACCUCAAUCCCAUCUUUCCCGUCCGACGAUGCUCUGGACCAUCAUUUGCAGCCACGUAUACCGGUCUUCUCUCAAGCCGCCUAAAUUACUGCAGGUAGUAGCAGGUAUCCCUUGUGGCCUUGCGCUGGCGGACGAAUAUCCAACCGCAAUUCACCAACCAUACUCACUUCGCAACCAGACGAAAGGAACAUUAUAACAUACUUUACGAAGAUGAACAUCAAGUCUUUCAUCGCAGCGCUAAUCGCGAACACCAUGAUAGUAGAGGGAGCCGUGCUACAACUCUACAGCGGGCCAGGCUGCACAGGUGCAACACAGUCUAGAAACGUAUAUGACAACACGUGCGCUACCGGGGUGAUGGGUUUCCAGUCCUACCAGAUCACCUCGGGAGGCGCGGAGGCGGGCAGAGUAUUACAGUAUUAUCUCGUUAAGUCGAUGUAAUUGGUCAUGCAUAAAUAUAUCGAGUUAUAGU